AUGUCUUCGAAUCAGUCUCAUAAUGAAUUCGGGCCCCUCAAAAGGCUGAGAAGUAUACCGCGGCUUGUCAACUUUGGCCUAGCAGCCAGACUUGAGGCAGACGAUGACUGGGGCAUCUGGCCUAUCCAGCCAGACCACUAUCGGUUGUGGGAUAUGAUCAAAGGCAAAGAGCUAUCUCGGCAUAUUCAUGGUCAAAAAGGUCGCUUCGACGCUAAACUACACCUCGCCGAAAUGUUAGCCCUAAUCGGUCCACCUACUCCAGAGGUUACACAACAGUAUUAA